UUUGAAACAAGGGAUACAUAAUGACAGACGUAUUGGGCUAGGUUUGUCUCCGACACUCGAUCCACCAUCACAGAGGGAAGAAAGUUCGGGGAGCAAAUGUCACCCCGUGGGGUGUCGCUAGUGUCUGACGGUACAGGGUCAGUCCCUCACAGCUGUGUAGACCAGAUGGAGUAAGUGGUGACAGUGAUACAAAUCUGGCGUCUGGAAAUUAUUAUAAAAAAAUCGUUUUUAUUGGAUAAUCUGUCGGCACAUUCUUAGAGACGCUUGACGAAAUUCAAAAUGGCGCUGGAUGUUAUGCAGAGGUCUAACACAACUUUUGAAAUUCCGUCGCCCGUCCCCCCGGGGAACUGGCUGGCGCACCAAAUCCGGCUGCUUCAAGACAAUAGUGCUCACCUUCUGCCCCAGUCUGCGGGAUCGAAACGAAGCUGGGACAAGUACAACUCUACCACACACAAGGAUUUCUGUGGCCCCAGGGACGUAGAACAAUGGUCACCGGAGUUUAACAGCAUGCAGUUGCCCAAGCUGAACUUCAAGGGCAAAACGAAACCAAAGAAAAAGGAGAAGCAGUUCCACAGGACGAGUCAGCCCUUUGAAAAGAAGCGGCAGACGUUAGCUGAAAUAUUAUUUGGGAAUAAACAGAAUCAGAUGUUCAGCAAUUGGCAGGUGCCACAGAGAUUCUACCGCCCUCACAGUGUCAAGGACAAGUACGAGCCACCCGUGCCCAGGAAUAACGCUAAUGUUGGCGUUAUAACACAGGAGCACGAGAGGUUCUUUAAGCCAUCUUCAGAAGCUUCGCCAGUCCCGUCUAGAGCGCCAUCUGUAGUGUCAGCGAGGUCUCCACCUCCUCGGCUUAGUAGACAAAUGUCACUACCGGAGCUAAAGAUGAGGACCAACCAGCCCCGCCCACUGGGCAUGUCCAGGCAGUAUACGAGAAUCAACAAGGCCGCCGGUACACCCGUUCCCACGGCUAGCCCCGAAGUGCCCAAGCAACAGGCACCGUCCGAGGAAGACGUCAAAGUGGUCAAAGAGGACUUUAAGACGUCGUUACAACCACACGUGGUGGACAAGGCUGACGAGCUACUCAAGCUGGCUCCAAAGGCAGAUCGGAGGGUCAUCGAGAAGAUCCUUAAAAUGGCCGACAGGAAACAGCAGAUGGAAAACUCUUUAAAGAAGACGAUGAUGCCCGACGCUCGAGAGGAAGUGGAAAAGUGGUUAACCUCUGCGAACGAUGACGAACGACAAGUGGCUUUGAAAUUUUUCAACUCCCUUGCCGGCACGAAGUUGAUGGGGAUCACUAAAACAGAACAAAAGAAGAGGCUACAACAAGUCAUCGACACCUUAGAAGGAGCCAGUGAAAAGAGAGUAGGUGGUCAGCGACCUCGUAACAAUAAUGACCGCACCAAGGCAGGUAAGCUACAACACAUGAGACUACUUUCCCCGCAGACACGGAAGGAGCGCUGGAUGCAUACCACAUGGCAUCAUCUGCCGGAGUAUAAUGAUAAAGGGGCCGGCAACAUGAGCUCCCAUUACAUCAGACCACAGGCGCCGAUUCCCCGCCAUUUUGUCAUCCAUCCCGACUGGGGAUAAAGAGAAGAUCAAACGUGUAGUCCCUGAUUAUUCCCAGACAACUGCCGGUACACUUUGCAGAUCAAUGGGUGGCAAUGUUUAAAUUGUCUUACUCUGCCUUUAUACUAAGUUUCCCUAUGUUAAACACUUAAGUUAUCUCAUAUAUCUUCAAUUGGAUCGCCUUUGUAUGGCCAAACUGGAUUACCUACCCUUGAUGACAAAUUGGAACGUCGGUGGAUGUUUUCAUGAUAGUUUCGUUACAAUGAGUGCACGAGAGUAUCGGAAAGACCGCAGGGUUAUUUCAUCGUACCUAAUGUGACACAGAGAUUGGAAGUAUGAUUCCGACUUCCGGUUUGACAUGGAGGCCACGUGUUUCAGUUGCUUACCUAUUUAUUUUGCUUUAGUUGGACUAUGCGAGGUCAGGGAUUGUGUGCUAUCUGUGAUAUCAGUGUUAAAUCUGCUGUUUAAACUGUGAUAUGUCCACUGUGAUGUUUAAACUAUGUUGUGCAAUCCUUUGUCGAGAUUUCGAGUGAUAAGGCGGAUUAGAAAUACUACAAUUAUCGAUAUAUACUUAUAUGUUUGCUAUACAACACUUUCACUUUCUUUUAUAAUAAAAACGAUAGUUGGUUACAACAUUCAAACAUU